AUGGGUGGGGUGGGAGUAGAUGAAUGUAAACGUCAACGACUUGAGAUGGGCUCAAAAUUCGUCACUGCUCACUCAGUGGUCAUCAUGACGUACCUACCUGUUAAGGGAAAUGGGAACAUGGAUGAUUAUUCUCUUAUUGCCAAUUCUUCAGUCUGUUGCCUCUCAAUCCAAGAUAAGUCGGCAGCCUUAACGUCACCAUCAACUUGCCAAAGUAAUCCCUGCCUGAACAAUGGGAUAUGCGAGAUAUCCGCGAAUACAUCAAGGGGCUAUCAGUGCAUUUGCCCGGAACCAUUUGGAGGGCGAGACUGCGCUGUGGAGAAUCCCACCUGUAAAGAUGAUCCCUGCUUAAAUCAGGGUGAUUGUAAAGACCUGCCAAAUCGGCAAUUUCAGUGUUUCUGUCCGCGAGAAUAUACCGGUCGUCGAUGUGAAUUCCGCAACCCUUGUCUCGUGAAGCCUUGCAAGAAUGGGGCGGAGUGUCGUGUGAAUAACUUGGGCACUCGGGAAUGUCGUUGUCUGCGUGGUUUCACUGGAGAUGACUGUGAAAUUGAAAUCAAUGAAUGCGAGAUUGGUGAACGAUCGCCUUGUGAGCACAAUGGAACUUGUAUUAACGAGCCCGGGGGCUACAGAUGUGUAUGCUCAAACGAAUACACUGGGGCCAAAUGCGAAUCUCGCGUGCUCAAUUGCCGACCCAACCCCUGCCAAAAUGGAGGAAUUUGUAAUGAAGUGGGAGACGGCUUUGAGUGUACCUGUCCUCAUGGAUACGAGGGUCCUCGCUGUCAGACGAAUAUCAAUGAUUGUGCAGAAAGCCCCUGUCAAAAUGGAGCAGUUUGUGAAGACCUUGUGGGCGCGUUUCGAUGUAACUGCCUACCUGGAUGGAAGGGAGUUCUGUGUGAACAACGCAUGCUUCCUUGUGAUUUCUCAGGAUGUCAAAACAAUGGCACUUGCUCAAACACUCCAGAUGGACAAUUUGUCUGCAAGUGUCCUCCAGGUUUUGAAGGAUCACGUUGUGAAAUCGACAUUAAUGACUGCGUCGGCAUUCGCUGUGAAAACGGCGGCUACUGCGUUGAUGGCCAAAGUUCUUGGUACUGCCAAUGCAGACCCGGAUUUACCGGUCGCCAUUGUGAGAAACAUAUCCCUAACCCAGUUAGUGCUGCUGUGACUUCGAGCUUUGUUGCCUCCACUUCCAAUUCUAUUCCCUGCAAGGACGGAAAAAGCUGUCUGCACAAGGGUGUCUGUGUUUAUACUGGAAUAACGAAUUUUUGUGAAUGUCCAUUUCAAUGGUAUGGGGAAUUUUGUGAAAUUCCCGUAUGUUCUGAAGACUCCUGUGCCAACGGAGGCGUCUGUCGUGAGAUUCUCAUCCAUCCUGGGAAUCUAACUCAUGCGUCCAAGAAGGAGCCCUAUUGCGAAUGUCCCGCAGGUUAUUUUGGUGAGCAUUGUCUCGAAAAGGUGACUGAAUGCACUUUAGAUCUUUGUACUCAUGGCAAAUGCGUUUCCGUGGGUGGAAAGGCAGCUAAGUGUCAAUGUGAUGUCGGUUUCGGGGGUAAUCAAUGCGAAAGGCCUCUAAGGAGCUGUCGGGAGCAGCCAUGUCUCAAUGGAGCCGCGUGUUUGGACGAUCCCGAGAGGCUUUUCACUUGUCGAUGUCAACCGGGUUUCAUGGGUGACUAUUGUGAAUCCAAGAUUCCCUGCUAUGGAAUAUCCUGUGGAGCUCAUGGUAAAUGUGAGUCCGACGAAUGCAUUUGUGAAAAGGGUUGGAGUGGGUCACACUGCAACAUCUCCCUGCCAGUCCCCAAAACCAAUAGACAAAUUCAACCCGCCUAUCAUGCUGUCACUUGUGAAGAUUCGCCGUGUGCUAAUUAUGCUCAAUGCUUGUCUCUAUCCCAGUUUGAAAUCAGUCCAAAUGCAUAUCAGUUUCGAUGUCUUUGUGAGACUGCUUUGGGAAACUUUACUGGUAAAUUCUGUCAUGAAGAUAUUGACGAGUGCUUGAAAGAACCCUGUCGAAACGGGGGUGAAUGCUUGAACACACCGGGCUCAUUCGUUUGUCGUUGCCCUGUCGGAUUUGAAGGUCGUCUUUGUGAGGCAAGGGCCAACCCCUGCGAUGAUACCUAUGGACCAGUCUGUGCCAACGGAGGAAUCUGCAGCACUGUGAAUGGAAAGGCCAUCUGUGGAUGCCCAACGGGUUUCAGUGGAUCGCGCUGUGAAGUGGAGAACAAUGAAUGCGCACAUAGACCCUGUCUGAAUGGGGGAAUCUGUGUCCCCUUCUUCGGAUCAUACACCUGCCGUUGUCCAGCAGACUUCUCGGGAAGAAAUUGUGAACGAUCCUUGGCGUUUUCACCUUGCUCUAAUCAGACUUGUCAGAAUGGCGGUUACUGCAAGGGUAGUAGUCUCAUGGAGGAAUGUCACUGUCCUUCUGGUUACUACGGCCGAUAUUGCGAAGUUACUCUCAAUCUCUGUCAUCAGCUUCUGGAAAUUAGUCUCUACGCGGACCCAACUUAUUACAGUGCAAGUACUUUAGGACGUCUACUGGGUUCCAGAAGCACCCUCUCUCUGACAGCGGCCACUUCAGCACUCCUGGAAGAUUCUGGAAAGUGGAAGACUUCCAUGGAACUUCUCAAUGACUUACAUCUUUCGAGAACUUCAUUAGGACCGUGUUAUCCACCUGGUACUCAACAAUGUUUACCCAUGAGGGAGUUGGGAGGUUUCGAAUGUCAUUGUAAACAUGGCUUUUUUGGACGCUACUGUGAACAAAAGAGGGACUUCUGUGCGGAAGCUAGUCGGCGUUUCGCUAGUGGAGAGGAUAUCUGCCUGAACGGAGGUCAGUGUGUGAAUUUUCCACAGGGUAUCGAAAAUCACUUUUCAAACCUCUCAAUCAGUAACAACAAAGAGGAGCAGUAUUUUGUGUGUCAAUGCCUUCCGGGUUUCAACGGCCCAAGAUGCGAGUUACGGUCACCAAGUUGUGAUGAUGUGGACAUCUGUCAAAACGGGGGUGUUUGUGCUGUUGAGGGCUCGCGUCUCAAAUGUAUUUGUCCACGGGGACUUGGCGGAACCUUCUGUGAGAUUGAUCUGGUCAAUGAAUGUGAACAUGCAGGAAAUUGUCUCAAUGGUGGCAGUUGUUUAGACGGUUUGGGUAAUUACACCUGCGAAUGUCUGCCUGAUUUCUGUGGUGCAAGAUGCGAGUUGAACGGUUUUGCCUGUGCCAUUGAGGCCACCAAUGAUCCUAAACGCUGGCCCGGAGAGGCUGCAGAAGCUCGACUCUGUGAAAUGUACAAUUGCAAACAGAAGGCAGAAAAUGGACGUUGUGAUCUCGAAUGUGAUCGAUUCGCAUGCGGCUUCGAUGCUGGCGAAUGUCUUUACCUUAAUCAUCAACAGUCACAGCCACUAAUCUUACCUGUUUCAAAUCAGAGUAAGAUGCUGAGCAAGGCUCUGCCUUGGGCCAACUGCACGGUUAUUCAAGAGCAGGGAAUUCCUUGCCAUCUGAGAUUUGGCGAUGGAAAGUGCGACUCUAUUUGCAACACAGAAGCUUGUCUCUUUGAUGGUUGGGAUUGUCGAAAUGAGAACUCGACGGUAUUUCAACUCCCUAAAAAUUCCAUCCGAAUGCCACCGAAGCAGCCUGUUGAGGGAAGUCUUAUUCUUCUUGUUGGUGUCCCUCCUUCGCAAUUUCUUCUUGAAAACGAGGAAAAACGAGAGCUGGAGACCCGGUUUUUGGACGGUUUGGGAGAUCUUUUGAGGGCCAAAUUGCGCGUUCGUCAAGUGCCCAAAACUGGAGAACCAAUGGUUUACCCCGUUACUCUGACGAUGGUUCCGAAUGCAAAUAGCGCCCAAAUUGACAACCAACGCGACGCUUUCUGGUCUAUUACAGAUUUCUUCAAUGAGGGUGGUGUCAAUAUGUCAGUUAAUAGGUUGAUUAUUGAUCAACAAGAUGAAGUUACUCACAUGGUGGAUCCUACUAUCAAAUUGAGCCAGGUGUUAUCACAAUUAUCUGAAAUAGCGAAGCAACCGAGACACCAUGAACUCAAUCAGGAGGUUUUCCUUUCGAGAAGACGUCGUGAAGCCCCUGAAACCAGAAUAGGUAGUCGAGUUUUCCUGGAAUUUCAGCAUGAUAAGAAUCAACCCAUGAGUGGUGAUGGAGGUAGUAUGUUCAACAACGUGGAGUCCGCAGCCCAGUUUAUUUCAGCAGCACUUCGCACACGUCGAUACACACCACCUGUGGAUAUAUUUGCUGUGGAAACAGCAACCCCUGAAGCACUUCAGCAAAUCAUUUCUACUGAAAGUCAAGUGGACAAUGGGAUAGGUUUUCGUGGUCUUCCUGCGCCUUUAGCCUACUGUCUGAUAGCAGUCGUUUUUGGCUUGCUUCUUCUGGCUCUCCUUGGGGUCCUUUAUGGAGUGGUGCAGCGUCGAGCUCAUGCUGCCGAACCCUCAAAAGUUAUCAAGACAACAUCCAUCUGGUAUCCACGCAACUCCUCCUCGCGAGACUCUAGACAAGGUGGCGGAAGUGGUGGCGGUGGCGGUGUUUUCAGUUGUUUCACUAAUCUAACCGAUGCAUCAGGCCAGGUGACUUCAAGUAAUGCAGUCUCGCAUCAACAGAGCCUUCGCAAUCUAUCCACUCCGCACUCCUCUAGUCUGCGUUUGUGGUCAAGGGAACAGGCGCUUGCCCUUGGACGAGAAAAAAUGGCUAUGCGAGCAUCUCCCUAUACGGUCCCGCCUUCAUCUGGGUAUUCACAAGUCUGUGGUGUCAAUGCCGCGAAUGAUGGAAGUAUGAUGGGUACUAGUGAUGUGCCAUCCGAUACCCCUCUUCUGUUGGCCACAACCAAUCAAAUGCCCCAAGUGGACGUCAAGGCCUACUUCACAAGUCUCAUGGAGUGUCUAGUUUCUGGCAACGGGGUUACGGAACCCUUUACUGAAGGUUUCUCUCAAAAGCUGGAAUACCUUCGAAACGUCGAAUUGCAACAACAACAAUCCGAGGCUGCGUCGAAUAUGUACCGUCCGGGGGCAAGAAAGCGAACUCAAACCCAAUCUCUAUUGCAUCAGUUAUUGACUAGCACACUACCAGAAACUGGGGAGACUCUGCUACACCUGGCGGCAAGGUACAAUUGUGCCAACGCUCUCACCUCGCUCCUGAAUGCCGGUGCUGACCCCUAUGCUGUGGAUGGUCAGGGACAAUCAGUUCUUCUGACUGCGGUGAGUGCUUCUGCUGUGGAUGCUGCCAGAGCCCUUCUUUCGUCGUCACAGGUUGCCGCUGAUAUGCCCAGGCUUUUUGUUGCCUGUCCGACAGUUGAUAAAACCACGGCCCUAAUUCAAGCUGUAAAGGUUUCUGACAUUGAAAUGGUGGAAAUGCUGCUUCAGACCAUGGCCAGCCUUAUUCCUGAUCCGACAUCCCUUCAAAUGCCACCUGGACCUGGUGGUCAGCUUCCUCCGGGCUACCCUCCUCCUCAGAUGGGAAUGCAGAAUCGUCGACCACCUCCACCGCAGAGUAUGGGCCCUAGACUUGGUUAUGCUCGACUCUAUCCACCAUCGAGCAAUCCCGGAAACAGCUUAAUGAUGAACCCAGGUGGGACUGCUUCCGCGGAUGAUGGCUCUGGGGCAGGAGGUUUGUCAGCGAAUUCCUUUGGGGUAAAUGCCACAGAUGGUGAGGGUCGAACCGCACUCCAUUGGGCCGCUCUCACAGAGCAGCCUGCUAUGGUUCAGCUCCUUUUGCGCGCUGGAGCCUCCCAUGAUGUUCAGACAAUUCAUGAGGAAACACCUCUCACUUUUGCAGCCCACGAAGGUUCCGUAGAAAUCUGUUCCCUUCUCCUGGCCGCGGGUGCAAAUAUUGAGAUUGCUGAUUACCUAGAUCGAACUCCAAAACAACUGGCUGCCGCGAAUGGACACACCGAUGUUGUUCAGUUACUCCAAGUCUACUCAACAGCCCCCCACCAACAUCAACAAUCCUCCUCACAUCAUUCCUCUCUUCUUCAACAACAGCAGCAAAGAUAUAGCACCACUCAACGCCGAGCCACCAUCCUAUACCCUGGCAAUCAGUCCUUUUUCCAGCCUCAGCAAAUCCAGCAACAUAGAUACUACCGGCCUCCUAAUGUCGCUCAAAACUGUUCAGCUGACGGUCCAUCCUACGAGAAACGUCUGAAAACGGAACCGCCAGAGUAUUUAUCGUCAAUGGGCGGAGAGAGCUUUCUGAUGCAACUUGUGCCUCCAUCGACUGCGAAUACGCCUAAUAGUUCUUUAGUAGUCACUUCGGCAACAACAACAGUGGCCGGCAAUGAAGGAGUGGGUGGUGUGAGCAGUAGUGAUAACUCAAAGACGGCGUAUUUUUUUGAGCAACCACCGCUUCCACCGAUUCAACAACAGCAACAGCAGUACUACACCUCAAACACGGAUGGUCUGUUGACUCCCGUGACAACAUGUCAGUCUGUUGUAAACCAAUCAAAUCAAGAAGGUGGUGGUGGUAGCGGUGUUGUCGGUAAAAUUAGUACUGACAUAAACAACAACUGGACAACGGUCAAUCAACGAGGUGGUCAUGUUGCCACAGCAACUGGAACAACAAAUGGCCAUACUCCGAGUUCGGACACGGAAUCUCCAGCUCAUUGGUCCUCUCCCAGCCCCACAGCCAUAUCCCCUCCAGUAGCGCCCCUGAAAAUGGCUGUAACUAACUCAGGCGGACAAUACCAAAUGUCUCGCGUGGUAACCAGUAGUAGCAGUAGUGCCAACAAUACGGUAAAUCAACACCAAGGCUUCUGUCCGAAUCAUGGCACUGGCAACACAACCACCAACACAUCGAAUAACCAAACAUCCUCAGGGGGAUUUUCUGUGGCCUACUCAAAGGAUUGUAUCAAAUUGGAACCCGGCGUGUUCUGA